AUGUCGCAAGGGAUCUUGUCUCCGCCUUCUGGCUUGCUUUCCGAUGAAGAGGUCUUAGUCUCCCCCAUGUUUGAGUCCACGGCUGCAGACUUGGGGCCUGUUAUAAGCAAGAAGCUGCUCUCAGACUGUUCGGACAUCUCCACAUCCCUAGAGGAAAAGCAACAGGUUCCAUCUGAGGAUAAUACAGAGAAGGUGAAAGUAUACCUAAGGAUUAGGCCCUUGUUGCCCUCAGAGUUGGAACGCCAGGAAGAUCAGGGCUGUGUCCAUAUUGAGAAUGUGGAGACACUUGUCUUACGGGCACCCAAAGACUCCUUUGCCCAGAAGAGCAACGAGCGGGGAAUUGGACAAGCUAUUCACAAAUUCACCUUUUCCCAGAUCUUUGGACCAGAAGUGGGGCAAGCAGCCUUCUUCAACCUGACAGUAAAGGACAUGGUAAAGGAUGUGCUCAAAGGGCAGAACUGGCUCAUCUAUACAUACGGAGUCACCAACUCAGGGAAAACCCACACAAUUCAAGGUACCAUUAAAGAUGGAGGGAUCCUGCCACGGUCCCUGGCUCUGAUCUUCAACAGCCUCCAGGGUCAGCUUCAUUCCACAGCUGAUCUUAAGCCUUUGCUCUCCAAUGAGGUCAUCUGGCUGGACAAUAAGCAAGUCCGGCAAGAAGAGCUAAAGAAACUGACCCUACUCAAUGGAAGCCUCCAUGAGGAGCUAUCUACCUCCUUAAAGAGGAGUGUUCACGUUGAAGGUUGCAUGGGUAACAGCACCAGCUUUGAUAGUGGCAUUGCCGGGUUCUCCUCCGCCAGCCAGAUGACCAGCAGUAGCCAGCUGGAUGAAACGAGUCACCGAUGGGCACAGCCGGACACUGCCCCCGUGAGUGUCCCUGCAGACAUUCGCUUCUCCAUCUGGGUCUCCUUCUUUGAGAUCUACAAUGAACUCCUUUACGACCUGUUAGAACUGCCUAACCAGCGACGCAAGAGGCAGACUCUGCGUCUGUGCGAGGAUCACAAUGGCAAUCCCUACGUGAAGGAUCUCAAUUGGAUUCAUGUUCAGGAUGCUGAAGAAGCCUGGAAACUCCUGAAAGUAGGUCGUAAGAACCAGAGCUUUUCCAGCACUCACCUGAACCAGAACUCCAGUCGCAGUCACAGCAUCUUCUCAAUCCGGAUCCUGCACCUUCAGGGGGAAGGGGACAUAGUGCCCAAAAUAAGCGAGUUGUCACUCUGUGAUCUGGCUGGCUCAGAACGCUGCAAAGAUCAGAAGAGUGGUGAGCGGCUUAAAGAAGCAGGAAACAUUAACACGUCUCUGCAUACCCUGGGUCGCUGUAUUGCAGCUCUGCGUCAAAACCAGCAAAACAGGUCCAAGCAAAACCUGGUUCCCUUUCGUGACAGCAAGUUGACCCGAGUGUUCCAGGGCUUCUUCACAGGCCGAGGCCGCUCCUGCAUGAUUGUCAACGUGAACCCCUGUGCAUCUACCUAUGACGAGACCCUUCACGUGGCCAAGUUCUCAGCUAUUGCCAGCCAGCUUGUGCAUGCUCCACCUGUGCAUCUGGGAUUCCCAUCGUUGCAUUCAUUCAUCAAAGAGCACAGCUUGCGGUCCUCUUCCACCUCAGAGACGGGAGUGAAAUUAGAACAAAGCCUUGAUGAUGACAAUGAAAAUGAAGUUGAUAUCUCCAAAUACAGCAAAGAGGAGCUGCUGCAGGUCGUAGAGGCCAUGAAAGCACUGCUGUUGAAAGAGCGGCAGGAAAAGUUGGAGUUGGAGAUGCAGCUCCGGGAUGAGAUUUGCAGUGAGAUGGUGGAACAGAUGCAGCAGCGGGAAAAGUGGUGCAGCGAACAUUUGGACACCCAGAAGGAAUUACUGGAGGAAAUGUAUGAAGAUAAACUGAAAAUUCUGCGAGAGUCACUGACCAAUUUUUACCAAGAAGAGCUUCAGGAGCGGGAUGAAAAGAUUGAAGAGCUAGAAGCUCUCUUGAUGGAAGCGAGACAGCAGCCAGCACAGAAACAGUCAGAGUCUGAAUUGACUGUGCGGCGCUCACAAAGGUUGGUGGCUUCUACCUCCACCCAACAGCUCCAGGAGGUUAAAGCUAAACUAGACCAGUGCAGAGAAGAACUGACUACCACCACUGAAGAGCUCCAGAAAUAUCAGAAGAUGUUAGAACCACCACCCUCAGCCAAGCCCUUCACCACAGAUGUGGAUAAGAAAUUAGAGGAGGGCCUGAGGAAUAUAAGGCUGCUGCGAAGAGAGCUUCAGAAGCUCAGUGAGUCUCUUCAGUCAGCAGAGAGAGCUUGUUGCCACAGCACUGGAGCAGAAAAACUUCGCCAAGUCCUGACCACGUGUGAUGACACCUUAAGCAAACAGGAUCAGACCUUGGCUGAGCUGCAGAAUAACAUGAUGCUAGUAAAACUGGACCUUCGGAAAAAGGCAGCCUGUAUCGCUGAGCAAUAUCAUACUGUCCUAAAACUCCAGCAAGACCAGGCUUCUUCUACCAAAAAGCGUGUUGGCGCCAACCAGGAAAAUCAGCAACCAAACCAGCAGCCUCCAGGGAAGAAACCAUUUCUUCGAAACUUACUUCCCCGAACACCCACCUGCCAAAGCUCGACCAACUGCAGCCCUUACGCCCGGAUUCUGCGUUCACGACGGUCCCCUUUACUCAAAUCAGGGCCUUUUGGCAAAAAAUUCUAA